UAGUGUCCAGGUAAUGAACCGUCUCAGCUUUCAGACUGUAAGAAAAGCUGGUGCCCAUCACUACAGCUACGGGAGCAGUAGUUAACAAGGAUCACACCAGUGGAUCAGGCUACCUAAACGACUGCAGCUUGUCAUAUUUCGCCCUACCGAGGUCUACGUUCACACAUGCGAUGCAGUCACUUGCCCAAGAAAUUAAAUCUUUCUCCAAAACCAAUCUACGGAAGCAAUGCACUCGGGUGACGACUCUGAGCGGGAGGCGGAUUAUUGAAACAUGGAAAGGGUCCACCAUCCAUGUGGUCGAGGACACUGUCCAACCUGAGACACCAUGUGGAUACAUUCAGGACAAUACAUGGGAUCUCCAAGUGGGAUAUAUUAGACCUUAUUUAUUACUGGGUUCGCAGGAUGCAGCUCAUGACUUUGGCACUUUAAAAAAGUACAAGGUAACUCACAUACUGAAUGUGGCAUACGGUGUGGAAAACGCUUUCCCAGAUCUCUUCAUCUAUAAAACCCUGAGCAUACUGGAUCUGCCCGACACUGACAUCAUAUCCCACCUGCAUGAGUGCGCACAGUUCAUAGACCAGGCCAAGGCUGAGAAAAGUGUAGUGCUGGUCCACUGUAACACCGGUGUGUCUCGGGCAGUCUCUGUGGUCAUCGGAUACCUGAUGUGGAGAGAAGGCCAGUCAUUCGAUGAUGCGUUUUCCCAGGUGAAGUCAUCGAGGCCAGCGUCAUGUCCAAACCCGGGUUUCAUCGACCAGCUGAAGAACUUCAAACCCCAAAGUGGUGUACAAGCAAAUGGUCUAACUGGUCAUUCAUAAAUCCUCUUACAUUGUGUGUGUGUGUGUGUGUGUGAGUGUGUGUGUUAGUAGUAAAGGCACCGGGGCUUCUGAUGAGGUUUCUGAAAUGGUCAUAGCCAUGAUAAUUGUGAUCUUCUUUCUUAUAUGAGCUUGAGUAGGAACAAGCAUUUAGACUGGCAAGGACAAGUUGUUCUGGAGGAUACAUAUACAUACAAAUAUAUACACAAUUUUUUUUAUUGUUAUUAUUAAAAAGCUUGAGAAUCAGUCACA